CCCACCUCUAGUAAACACGUAGUAAACAGAAAAUCAAAGCAAAUUUGGAUUGGAAAUCGCAAAUAGCAAUAAAACGGGGCAAGUCGCGUGUGCCAAUAGUAGUGCCAAUAUAAGUGAGAAGUGGGCGGUGGAAAAUCGGCGGGAGGUUGUCGUAUUGCCUUCCACUCUCUAACUUGCUCGCUCUGUUUUGAAAGGCCUGUCAUGUGUGUGUGGGUGAGGUGGGGAGCUGUGUGUGCGAUUGCGGUGGAGUAACUGUAACAGUUGCAGUUACAUUUACCGUUGCAAAGGAGCGGCGUUCGGUUUCAAGAGAUCGUUCCCGACAUGGAUGACACGGAAUUCAUGUUCAACGAGAAGCAAUCGAUCCGGGACUCCUCGCGCACCUUGAAGCGCUACGGGAGCACCUGCUGCAACAGCCUGAGGAACAAUGAGACCCUCAUCAGGCACAUUGUGGAGAAGACGGACACGCUGCAGGGCAUUGCCCUCAAGUACGGAUGCACGACGGAGCAAAUAAGACGGGCCAACCGCCUCUUCGCCUCGGACAGCCUGUUCUUGCGUCAGUUCCUGCUGGUGCCAGUGGAGAAGAACUCGCCGUAUUAUCCCCAGGUGCCUGGCGACCCGAUUACCGCCUUCGAUGCCGUGCUGGCCACGCCCCCAGGCACUCCGGAUGCCAACGGCCAACGGGAGGCGCACAACAAUGCCAACAAUCUGAGCCAGAGCAACAGCUUUACCAAGAGCAACGACAUCAGCAGUAGCAGUAGUAGCAGCAGCAGUGGAAGCAGCAGCAGCUGCAACACAAGUGGCUGCGGCCCCAGUUCCGGAGGAUCGCGACCCGCCGGCAACCAACAGCAGCAGCCCCCUCAGCGGCCGUACUCCAUUGCCGGGGAGUUGCUGGUGGUGCAGGCCGGAGACGAGGAUCCAGAGAUGAUGCACGGCCACAGUGGAUGCAGCGCCAAGCAGAGCAAGAGCUUGGACUCGGUAGCCGCGAUGACGCCCGAGGAGGAGAACCGGAAAUGCAUGAACGACUUCCUCAACAAGAUCGACAACACAAUAUCCGAGUCGCGCAAAUAUGUGGAACGCUCCAAGGACCUGGUCAGCAGCCAGAGUGACGCGGACAUCUGCAUCAGUGCCAGUGCCGACAUUUUCCCGCAGCGCCGCCAUCCGCUGAACAACUCCUACAAGACCAACAACAACGAACGUCCGCCGCAGUUCCAGCGGCACAGCUCAACGGGCAGUGGAAACUCUUCGGAUACGGCGCACCUGCUGAAUACGACGCAGACGCGACGCGUUCAGAACUCGCUGAAACGACUGGAGAAGCAGCAGGACGAUUUCUUCGAGUUGUAGCAUCCGUCUGGGGGUCGAAAUCUAGCCUAAUUACGCUGAGAGUUAAUUUUACAAAUCGUUUUUAAUUGCCGCGCAUCGGAGGAGACUACGACGACGUAUGUCAGCAUGUUACAUCACACAGAAUGCCGCACUCUAAAUGUAAUAUAAAUAAUGAUAUCUAUCGACACGUAUGCGCGAUACCCUUUACCUAUACGAUUAAACAUAAAUGUAACUGAGCUAAAACCUAAACUAAACUAUAAACCUAAACUAAGCGCAGCACUAUGUAAACCUGUAGUACGAUGACAAGGCAGUUCUGUCCCCGUUUUUGAUCUUGUGUCAGCCCUGUGUAAUUGCCGCCAAUUUGCUUGCAAGAUCCGAUCUGACCUGAUCUAAUCCGGUCCGAUCCGGAAGCCUUCGGUCCUUCUGUCCACCCCUCCUGCCCCCCAUUAUGUUUACUUUUUGUAUGACUCUAGCUUUAAUCACACUGUGUAUAAUUUAGUUAUGAGAAUUAUUAAUGUUAAUUGUAUAUAGUCGCCAGCAAUACAACAAUCCACUGGACUGCUCUGACCGCUAACACGAAAUUGGCCAUCGGUUGACGUGUAAUUUUAAUUUAUUCUUUAGCUUUCCAAAGUAUUAAACCGCAACUGAAAAUAAAUCCUGUUCUUUAUAAAACUAUAACCUCAAUUGUUAAACAAACACCAUUAAAAACAUAUAUAUCCCAGAAAGCCCAAUAUCGAACUGCACUCAUAUCGAGCCAAGUCAUGUUGUACGUGAAAAUGUUUUAUAAAAAUAAAGUGAGAAUUGUGUUGGAACAAA